AUGUUACUGGAUGCUGGGCACCAGUUCCCCGGACUGGGAGUGGGCUCGUUCGCCAGGCAUCACUCCUCUGCGAGCGAGAUGCAGGAGAGAGACUUGAGUCUGGCGCAGAACAGCUUCGUGGACUCGGCGCACAUGGGUGCUUUUAAGCUCAACCACGACCUCUCCCCGGGGCAGAGCUCAGCCUUCAGCAGCCAGGCUCCCGGCUACCCCCACGCGGCUCACGUCACGUCGUAUGCGAGCUCACCCUUCAACUCCACCCGGGACUUUCUGUUUCGCAGCCGCGGCUUUGGAGACUCCUCUCCUGCAACCGGCCAGCACGCUAUCUUCGGCCCCGCGGCGGGGACCCUGCAUCACUCCCACACGGACACUCAAGGCCACAUUCUGUUCCCGGGGAUCCACGACCAGUCCCACGGCUCCCCGAACGUCCUCAACGGGCAAAUGAGGCUCGCUACCGGGGAGGUGUUCGGCCGCUCCGAGCAGUACCACCAGGUCUCCAGCCCGAGGACAGACCCCUACAACCAGUACGGCUCCAUGAACAUGGGGAUGAACAUGGCAGCUCACCACCACCCCGGUGCCUUCUUCAGAUACAUGCGGCAGCAGUGCAUCAAGCAGGAGCUGAUCUGCAAGUGGAUCGACCCCGAGCAGCUCAGCAACCCGAAGAAGUGCUGCAACAAAACUUUCAGCACCAUGCACGAGCUGGUCACGCACGUGUCGGUGGAGCACGUCGGCGGGCCGGAGCAGACAACCCACGUCUGCUUCUGGGAGGACUGCGCCCGGGAGAGCAAGCCGUUCAAGGCCAAAUACAAACUGGUGAACCACAUUCGGGUGCACACCGGGGAGAAGCCGUUCCCGUGCCCGUUCCCCGGCUGCGGGAAGGUGUUUGCGAGGUCGGAAAACUUGAAGAUUCACAAGAGGACGCACACAGGAGAGAAGCCGUUCCAGUGUGAGUUUGAAGGCUGCGACAGAAGGUUUGCAAACAGCAGCGACCGAAAGAAACACAUGCACGUCCACACGUCGGACAAGCCUUACCUCUGCAAGAUGUGCGACAAGUCCUACACACACCCCAGCUCUCUACGGAAACACAUGAAGGUUCAUGAAGCCUCUCCACCACCAUCAGACUCCUCACCAGCAGCCAGCUCCGGCUACGAGUCCUCCACACCCCCAGGCCUGGUGUCUCCCAACGCCGAGACCCAGAGCAACACCACCAUGUCCCCAGCCUCGGCGGUGCACAACAACACCACCAGCCACAGUGGCCUAUCCUCCAAUUUCAGUGAAUGGUAUGUGUAG